GGGACACAAUCUCUGCUGCCAGCCCCGAGGAACCCUGCCAGGCAGGUAACCACUCCUGGAGCACAAUGCCUUAUCUCCACACCUGACUGCCUGAAAAUAUCUGGAAACACCAGGGCUUUUUUGAGCAACUCAUACAGAAAUCACGAUUUUAAAAAUGUUAUCCAUGCAAAACGACUCUGGGAAAGGCCUGCAGGAUUUUUGAUUUGCAAAUCAAACCUGUUUAGCUGCAUUCAAAACUUUCUGAACGAUGUCUCCCGUUUUUAUUUAUUCUUUUUCCCACUAGUAGGCACCUUAGGCAAAAAGCUACAUAUAUAUAGAUAUAUAUCUGUAUAUAUACAUAUAUAUAUAUAUAAGUAUAUAUACACACUUCUGACUAAUUACUGUCACCUUGUUCUCUGUCCUGGUAAAGGUACACAGCUUUUUUUGCUGUCAGGGCAAGGAGCUGUGCCUACAGUUGAUGGAGGUUUAUUUGUAAUGACAGAGGCAGGGGAGGAGAAGCAGGCACUGUGUCACAGCAGGAACGCUGACAUAUCUCUUCCCUCUGGGAAUGGCAUCCAGCAGCACCCUUCCUAAUGCCUAAGAGGGACACAACUCUGCCCAGCCUGGGGCAUGAAGGCUGCUAAAGUGACUUCUCCAUGGGAUCUUUCAAUGUGGCACUGAAAUCAUGGCUGAGUUACUUGUGUAUUCCCUUUGCCUUACUUUAGGAACAAAACCAUGGGAAUUAUAAGGUGUACUAAAAAAACAUUACUUUACUGCUACAAAACAAAGGCUGUUAAGGAUGCCAUAAAGAAAGCAGAUAGCCAGAGUUCUGAUAGAAGUUCAUUUCAAGUCAGAUAAUGAUUUAGGUUGCUUCUUAUGAAACCUGGUUGUCAACAGAGAAAACUGCGACAAGCUGCCCCCCAACCCCAACUCCUGCCAUGCACUGGUUGCCCCCCACCAGCUCAGGCUGCCCAGGGCCCCGUCCAGCCUAGCCUUGGGCACCUCCAGCAAUCCCAUUAUGUCCUCCACCUUCAUCUUCCUGUGGCAUUCAGUGUUCUGCUGUGCACAGGUGGUGAUGGAAUCAGCUCUCAUCUGCUACUUUGCUAUAGCUUUACAGCCCGUUUCACCAAGGGGAUGGUGGGGGUGAGGCCUGGCAAGAGGAAGGUGGAACGGUGAAAGUGAGCUGAGCAAGGAAUCAUUAACAGCAGGGGCAAAAUAGCAGAAAGCCCUCAGAAGUCUCUAGCAUCCUGUGGCCAUAAUGCUCCUUCUACUCAUCGUUCCACAGGUGUGGAACCACUCCCAGCCAUGCCAGCCCUUUUCCUGGCCCCCAGGCUCCAUCACACCCACACCCUGCACCUGGGAUGCCAGCAGAAUCUUCUCAGCAGCAGCCAAGCAGGCAGAGGCCUGCUCUUGUCUCAGCUUGCUUUGAGAAAUCACCAGUGUUCAAAUACAUAACAGCACCGGGGCUUUGCCCAUGCAUCUAAUUGCGCUCUUAACAUGCAUGAGAUUACGUUUUGUUGGGUACACCGUGCUGCAACUGUGCUUUUAUUCAUUUAAAUGGUUCCUCUCUCACAGUCUCAUCCUUUCGCAUUGUCGUCCUCAUGGCUUAUAUUCUCUCUCAUGCAUUUUCCAUCUUCUGAAUCCUUUUUUUGAGUUAUUGCCUGUUUGUCAUCCCCAGUAAUGAGAUCCUCCAAGGAGAUCUUCUGAUUUCACAUACUGAACACACAAUAAGGAACCUGGUCCAGAGUCUCUCCGAGGAGAGCCGGUCCUGAGACCACAGGUAGACUUGAAACGAGGCUAGAGCAAGACAGUGAAUGGAGGUGGAGGUGGGGAUUCAGGCAGGUACAGCUCUUUCACAGCUCAGCCAAAGCCUGGGUACUCUGACCUAACACUACCUGAAGCUCAUGGCCCUGUAGUCGGGGUGAAUGGAAGGGGUCAGGAUAAAGGCCAGCUGCUGCCUUCAGGACCAUGGAAGGGGGAAUCAGAGGGCCUCAAAUUGGACAAGUUAAUGUGCUGUGAUGUUCACAUAGUCCACUGUUCUGGCAUCUGGCCCUAGAUAUUCCUGGGCUGGGACGUGUCUUUCACAGACCUCUCACUCUCUGCUCGGACAGCCCAGCCUGCAUUGUCUGUCCUUGGCACUAUGCUCCUCUUCCUUAACCUCCAAGCAGAAGACUCUGCUUGCCCUUGGCUCAGCAGGACUUUUCUUCUGUUGUUUUGUGACUAUAUCUAACUGCAGUACACACCAGAAAGUAUGCCAAAACUCUGCCCCCAAGAAAGCAGGAGAAAGUCUUCCACCAGUGGGUGCACACACCAACAACCAGCAAUCCCCACAUGACAAGGCAAAGCUGUGGAUGGGAAGAGGAAAAGGAAGGGGGUGACAGCAGUGUGACGAGUUUGUGAGGUGGGUGAGCCUCCUGACACAGCGUCUCGGCACAGGUCUGCUCUGCAGGAUGAAGUAAAGUGGGGUGUUCUGGCAGCUCUUAUCGCCUGGCAGGCCUGGCCCUGUGAUGAGCCGUGAGUUGGAGGCUGGGCUCGGGCAGGUGGGAGAUGCUGCCCGGCCAGGGAUGGAGUUGGAGGCUGCCCAAGGCACGGCGGGGGUUGGGGUCCUGCCCAGCCUGGCCUGGGGCUGAUGAAGGAAUGUGGGCAGAGAUGGCAAAUGUUGGGAGCUCCGAUGCCCCUCACUUGCCUCCCCUUUCUCGUCUUCCAUAGGAGGUGGCGGGAGAGGGAUGAGGCAUGCCCCAGAGCAGGAGCUUCACCACGGCAGAGACCACCUCAGCACGCUUUGUGCUGAACUACACCAUUUCUGGGUACACAGACUCUUGUGAAAACACCACGUCAGAAUGCUUCACGCUGAAUUAUGAAUAUAAGGUCAAUUUAGGUGUCUGUAUGGAGAUCUGUGGACUUGUGGAUAACACGAUAGUCAUGCGACUCCUGUUCUUUCACGUGAAGAAGAACCCUGUUUACACUCUAAACCUGGCCAUUGCUGACUUCUCUCUGCUCCUCCUCUUUGCUCUGUUCGUGUUGUUACCUUUGAGCUUAACCAUCUGUUCUCUCUUUUACAACAUUUUUUCCUAUAUGAAAAUUUACAUUGCAGUUGGAUUUUCAUGCCACUUUGAUCUCGGCAGCCUGGGUCUCCUUACUGCCAUCAGUGUGGAGCGGUGUGUCUCUGUCCUCUUUCCCAUUUGGUAUCGAUGCCAUCAGCCAAAGCACUUGGCAGGCAUCGUGAGUGGGCUGCUGUGGUCUUUCACUGGGUCUUUGGUUUCCUUCACGUAUCUUAGCUUUAACUUUGGUGAAGAACAUGUGAAAACGUUUGGAGCUGUAUCUGUUGCGAUAUGUGUGGCUUUUUCAUUGAUGAUGUUGAUUUCCAACCUGUCCCUGUUCAUCAAACUCCAGUGCAAUUUUUGGAGACGGCAUCCAGGGAACUAUAUUGCUGUCCUGAUCAACGUGAUCUUUUUCUUCGUUUUCAUUAUUCCUUUCAGUGUGAACCUUGCAGAUAGACUGCAAUUGUUUCCCAAAGGCACCUCUCUGCUGCUGGCGAUGCUGAACAGCAGCAUCAAUCCUGUCAUUUACUUCCUGGUGGGCCGCUGCUGGCAGCGUUGCUCCCCGUGCUCAGUGACCGCUGCCCUGUGCAGAGUGUUUGAAGAGAAAGCGACCAGCGAGGAGGGGAGCCCUGCACCUGAGGACAGAGUGGCUGAGACCAUGGUGUGAAACACUGCUGGUGAGGAGGUCUGGAGAUGCAGAGCCUCACUGGCAGUCUGUGGGCUGCUGGGGUGACACAGCUGGAGCUUGAUGGUGUGUGAAGCUUAAGGGUGUGUGGCACGGUGCUGCCAGUGCUGCCCAGCCAGGCUCUGCUGUGUAUG